CAAAGCAUCAUUGCCUCUACUCGUUUCAUACUCUCUCUUGCAACGCUCGAGCUUGUUGCUCGGCACUUCCUUGCCCAUCAUGAUUCCCCUCGAGACCGCUCCGUACGACUGGAUCUUGGCCCUGACCUCCAUUGCCUUCGUCUUCAGUGCCUUCGGUAACGGUGCCAACGAUGUCGCCAACUCCUACGCUACCUCCGUCGCUGCUCGGACCCUGAAGAUGUGGCAUGUCGGUAUUCUGGCCAUAAUUACCGAGUUCGUCGGCGCUGUUGCCCUCGGAAGCCGAGUGACGGAUACUAUCAAGUCGGGUAUCAUCGCACCCGACCGCUUCAUGGGCAAGCCCGGUACCUUCAUGCUGGCCAUGGGCUGUGCCGAGGUGGGUAGUGCCUUCUGGCUGAUGUUUGCCACCCGUCGUGGAUGGCCGGUGUCCACCACCCAGACCGUGGUUGGUGCCCUGGUCGGGGUUGGCUUUGCAUCUCAGGCGGAAAUCACCUGGGAGUGGAAAAGCGGCAGUGUCUCUCAGAUCGCCGCGUCCUGGGGCAUUGCUCCUGCAAUUGCAUGUGCCUUCUCUGCCCUGAUCUUUGGCCUCCUCAAAUAUACUGUGCUGGAGCGCAAGGACUCCUUCAAGUGGGCCAUGCGCCUGAUUCCCCUCUACCUCUCCUUCACCGGUGCCAUUCUCGCUUUGUUCAUCGUUGUCGAAGCUCCCACCGCUCCUUCGCUGGAGGAGUUCGGUGCCGGUAAGGCUGUCGGUAUCAUCCUCGGUGUUCUGGCUGGUUGCUUGGUGGUGUCAUACGCAUUCUUCAUGCCCUACUUCCAUCGCCGACUGGUCAAGGAGGAUGCCCGGCUUCGAUUCUACCACCUUCCCCUCGGCCCUUGGUUGCUCAAGGACAACUGUCCUCUCUACUUCCCCGGCUCGGGCGAGCACUUCGUUAUUAACUACUACGAAGACGCCUAUGGUGAGACCCGCGCCGGCCAGAAAGACGCCGAGAAGAAGGCCGACGCCGGUAAGACCACCAACACCGACAUCGAGCAGCGCGCCACCACCUCCGCCAACUCGACCCCCGAAAUCCAACCCAAGAAGCCCAUUAUCGGCCCCCACGAGCGUUUCCUCCAGCCCGUCGAAGACCUCAGCUGGUUCAACCCCCUCAAGUACUGGGGUUGGACCAAGUUCAUCCUGCUGCAGGGCGUCACCCGCGACGUCAUCACCCACGACUCGGACCUCCUUCGUGCCAUCCACGCCCGCGCUCACCGCUACGACGACCGCGUCGAACACCUCUGGACAUACUGCCAAGUCGUCUCGGCCAUCAUGAUGUCCAUCGCACACGGCUCCAACGACGUGGCGAACGCCGUCGGUCCCUGGGCCGGUUCCUACGCGACCUACCUAUCCGGCAGCGUGAACACCGAGUCCGAGACCCCCAUCUGGUUCCUGGUCAUUGCCGGCGUGCUGCUGGGCGCUGGCUUCUGGUUCUACGGAUACCACAUCAUACGCUCGCUCGGUAACAAGAUCACCCAGAUGUCGCCGACUCGUGGUUUCGCCACCGAGCUGGGUGCUGCAAUCACCGUGCUGCUGGCCUCGCGACUGGGUCUUCCGGUCUCUACAACCCAGUGCCUUACCGGUGCUGCGACCGGUGUCGCCUUGAUGAAUUAUGAUCUUGGUGCCGUGAACUGGCGCCAGCUCGGGUAUAUUUUCUGUGGUUGGGUUCUGACGCUCCCGUCGGCUGGUUUGGUUGCUGGGUUGAUUUGUUUGAUGGCUUUGAACACGCCGCAUUUUUAAAAGUGCUUUCUCAUGGUUGCUUUUGUAUAUAUAGAUUCUUUGGUUUUGGUUUUGGCUUGGUUGGUGAUGACUUUAUACCCUAAAUGCAAUUAAUAGAGUUAUUUGACUUAUCCUUGAUGUCUUCCUGGCGUUUCUUGAAUUUUCUCAUUACAGAUUUAUCUUUAACUUGUCGUAC